AACAGACAUGGAAGCACCUGGUGAAGACCUCCACAGAGGCUGAGCAGUGCACUCGCUCUUUCUGACCGUGUGCUGCCGCCUUCGCCCUGUGCAUCCACUUGAUUUGAAUCGGCCUGACGUGAGUGUACACGUACGACAUCCAGAGGAUUGAUUUCUUCUUGUGGGUGUGUGGCAGCCAGUGAGCACCCAAACAGAUGUGGAGCAGCUGACUGAGUUAAAAUUAAGUAUCUUUUUUCCUUUUUUGCCAAGGUAAGAUCUCACAGAUUCAUACUGUUGCACUUUAGGACCUCUGCACCACGGACAUAAAUUAGUUGACAAAAUGCUACAAGCUGCUCUCUAAACACCACAAAGGUCUAAUGAAAGUUGUAUUUAUUGCGGUGUUCUACCCAAUAAAUUGGCAAAUGAUUAUACAACAACAACAUAUGUUUGCAUUUAAAAUAAUUUAGUUUUUUAUGAUCUGGUUUUAGAAAGUUAUUGUUAAAAUAAAUGUUUAGGCCUCCGUGAAAUAUUCACAAUUUUCAAAUGAAUUUAAAUGGUGCUUAUGAACAAUUUAAAUUGACGAGAACUUCAUCAGACAUCUGGCCCUCGGUUUAUGGCGUUCUGUUACGUCGUUUUGUGGUUACGUGCACGCUCCUGUUUGAAGUGCUCAUGACACCAAAACACGUUCAUCUUGAUAUUUUUGACGUGAAAAAUAACAUUGAAAGGCAUAUUUGUUAGACAUGUGCUCCAAUAUUGAAAUAUUGACAAUUUUUUACAAUUUUCGUCACUUCUUCCGGUACUGGAGGAGGAGGAGCAAGUGGCGGUUACACCAACGCUACCCCAUUGUUAUGGUCCAGUUCUGGAUGCAUUUCUGUUGUUUGUUAUAUAUUUUUUUAUAUUAUGCCCGCUCGUUGUGUUGAAGGCUUUUGCUGGAACACUCGAGGAGACGGAGUAAGCUUGUGUACAUUUUCAGAAGACACCAAUUGCCUCGUCAGAUGCGUCGGCAAACUUGGUGGGACAAAUGUUUCUAUAUUACCCCACAGAUGAAACUAAAACGUAAAAAACCCGCAAGGCCUUAGACUGUGGAAAAGCCUAUAGCUGGCCUCUGAUGCAGUGUGGAUUCAUAAACGGAUGCGCUAGCUAGGCGGUCAAUGUGCUGUCUGGUAGCGUACAACAAUAAAUCCAAGGGGUCGUCUUCAAGAGGCAACAAUUGUUGUCUCUCGUCUUCAGCUCUGUGCAGUGUGCAAAGAGCAAGCUGAUAGCUGUGGCUGUCACUGCCAGUAAAACAUCAUACUCCUCACAGCACAAUAUUAGUGAAUGCUAUUGUGCGUUCAUGGCCGUGCUUGUUUGCACCUGAUUGCCGGUGUCACCCGUACGUGUUCUGGACCUGAAUUGCUAGCAAAACAUGGCUUGCUGUCUUUCCAAGUCUAUGUUGCAGUCAGUUUCAGUAAGUAAAUCCAUAUUUUUUGACUAGAUCUAUUCUAGGAAUCUUAGGAUAAUAGUAUGGAGUUUCGUUCCAGGGUCAAAUAAGGAGCGAUCGAUGCUCACUGGUCUUUUAUUUUUGCAGUGUGCUGUCAGUGUCACUUACUGACAGUCAAAAACACAUACUUGUGGCUAGGCAUGUCACGAUAACAAAUUUUGCUGGACGAUAAUUGUUAUUGCCGAUAAACAAUAUUAUUGUCAACAUUAUUUUGAGACCAUUUUUUUCAUUAAUGUAAUGGUAAUAUAUGGCAUAAUAAUGCGAGUAAACUGUAUCAAAAGCAAUAAACUUUAAUUUCUCCAGAGAAUUUAACAUUGUAAUUGAAAUGCCAAGAGCUUUUAAAUAAAAUAAAUUAAAACUCGUGCGGAAACAUGAUGUAAAACAAUAGUUCCCCAAAGUGUAUUGAUUAGAAAAAGUAGAUCAGUAGAAAACCAAAGCGCAACAGGUAUCAUGGACACGAUGCCAUAUUUCUGAUAUUGAAUCUGUGUCACUUUUGUAAUUGUGUGAAAAAUUACAAAAAAAACCCACAGAAAUAUUUGGAAGUUCACAUUGCGUGUCAAUGCAGGCAUCAGCUAAUUUGCAUAUUCCUUGAUUCACUUCCUUGAUUCACUUUUCUCAACAUUGUGUGUGGAACACGCUGUUGACGUUUAUUGAGGUGGAACGUUUUGUCGGCGUUUGGUCAAAGUACAUGUAUGCAGCAAAAUGCGUUUAGUGCACAAUGAGGUGUUAUACUUAUGGUAAUCAUAGUUAUCACGGCAAAACGAACCGUACGUUCCACUGUUUUGUAUUAUUUAUUUAAUUGUGUUAGUCACAAAUGUUGUCAUGCCACAAAAUGGCGAUGCGCAAACUGACCGACUGAACUGAAAUUGACAUCAGAUCACGUUUUAUACACAACAGGCAAGAAGAAGUAUUCAAUCGUGUAGCACAGGGGUCACCAACCCGUCGAUCUGUGGGAUAUUGCCGGUCGAUCGCGAGAAUAUUAGAAAAAAAAAAGGAUUAUUACAUCAGUGCCCUCACCUCCUGGAGAGCGACCAACAGGUUUGCAUUUUGAUCACUGAACAUGUCCGUACGCCUUGCCGCCCUCCAGGCACGCAAGCCGCAAGCUCCAGCCAGGAGCCCAGUCCCCAAAACCCGACCGGAGAUAACAGCACACGCCUCGCCCGGCAACAAAAAGCUUUCAGGGACAAGCGAAAGAAAGAGAGAGAGUAUGACACAGCGCAGCGAUCUGCCUGAGCACACAACAGCAAUUACUGCACGUUAAUAUGGAUGAAAAUCUGCCUUUGCUAUCUCAAAAUUAAGGUACAAAUAUACCUCCAUAGACGUGCACCUCCAAAAAACUUUCAAUCUGCAGCUCGUUAGGGCUGACUAUUGUAAUGCAUUGAGCAGUCUCUCUCCCCUCAACCAUGAUCGCUCACCCACAACACUGAGCCAACAAACCGAGUAAUUGAGAGCUGACUCCACAAGCCCCACCUCAACAAAGAUCCACAAAAGUAGGGGUGGCCAAAGUGCAGCUCGGGGGCCAUCCGCGGCCCGUGGCUCAUUUGUCGUUGCAUCAAAGCAUAAGCAAAAUUUUAAAAAACAGCAAAAAUGGAGCAAAAGGCACAAUGGAAAAAAAGCUGAAAUUUUGAUGCCAACAACCAAUAAGACAAAGCAUUGUAUUUGAAGACAAAUCUUUAAAUAUUUUACUUUCUACAGAAUCAAAAUUAAACUUUCCACAAAAUAAAUUAUAUAUGGAUUAAAUUAUAUUAGACCAGUCCAGGGUGUUCCCCGCCUGUCGCCCGAAGUCAGCUGGGAUAGGUUCCAGCAUGCCCCCGCAACCCUAAUGAGGAGAAGCGGCAUCGAAAAUGGGUGGAUAUAUACUGUAUAUACAUACAGUAUAUGUAUUAGGGAUGUCCGAUAUUAUCUCCCACCGAUAAUUAUCAGGCCCAUACUGGCAUAAAACCGUGAUAUUGGCCAACAUCGGUGUUGUUUUUUUCCCUACAAUAAAAGCCGAUACAGAGCUUUUAGCGCUAAGAUCGCAAAUUUGUAAAACUGCUGGACUUGCUGCCCCAUGAAGUUAAUACUGUGGGGUUGCCAUUCCACACACUAGUCUUACUCACGGUGUUGUGAAAGACCUAAAAAAAAUCAUCACACAGCAACAUAAUAGGUAGAUAGCAACAGACAAGGCACUACCAACAAAUAAUGCACAAUAACCGACAACUAUAUAGCCGCACGGUGGUCUAGUGGUUAGCACGUUGGCCAAUACAGGAACAGCCUGGAGAUCGGGAAGACCGAUUCGAUUCUCCCCUGGGCUUUUCUGUGUGGAGUUUGCAUGUUCUGAGUUUGCAUGUUCUCCCCGUGUGCGCGUGGGUUUUCUCCGGGUACUCCGGCUUCCUCCCACAUUCCCAAAAACAAACACAGGUUAAUUGGCGACUCUAAAUUGUCCAUAGGUAUGAAUGUGAGUGUGAAUGGUUGUUUGUCUAUGUGUACCCCGCCUGUCGCCCGAAGUCAGCUGGGAUAGGCUCCAGCAUGCCCCCGCGACCCUAAUGAGGAAGAAGCGGUAUAGAAGAUGGAUGGAUGGAUGGAUGGAUAUAUAUGCGUUCUAAUCAUGUAACUUAGCGGCCCCUUAAUACUAUACACUUAGACUGCUUAGACAUCAACAAGUAGAAAGCAGCUGUUUAACUUCGAUGGAAACAAACAGCCACAUGUCACUUGCUGACGCUGUGAACACCAAGCUAGGUUGGAUUGCAAGGUGUGCCUAAAGUACUUCAUGUGCAUUUGUUGCGAGACUCCUGAUAAAUACAUAAUAAUAAUAAUCAUGAGUACUAUUAUAUGUUACUAGUUUUCUUUGUUACCCUUCACACAAAGCUAAAAUGCUGAUGUUUUGACCUACAUUGGAAAGGUUUUGGCAUCUUCAAUGCUGAAAGUGAAUGAAAAUGGCCCCACACAUCCUUUAAUUUUCCUGUAUGCUAUAUCUACUGUAUAUUUUGAGUUUUUAUUUGAGAAUUGUAUUUAUUGUAGAAUAACCUGCAAUCAGUUUGCAGUGUUUUGUCUUUUUGAAAAUCAUUAACCUGUUUGCUGAUAAGCUAAACAGGUUUAUGUUUUGCAUUUUGUUCCCUUACUGAGCUGAAAACGAGCCGAACCAUUACCUUAAAACCAGGUACCAAACCGUGAUUAUGGCGUAUCAUUACUCCUCGAAUACCUACCAUUUUUUCUGUUGUUAGUAGGACGUUUUCGUUUUUGAUGUUAUAAAAAGUAAAAUCACAAUUGAUUGUCUCUGAAAAACCUCACAGGACUUAAGGUGACAAACCGUUUCACAGAAUGAGUACAAGCUUAAGACCUUUUUUUUUAAAGAUUCAUCUGCAUGCUUGUGCAUGUUUGUCUGUUAAAGGUGUGAAGAUUUUGCACACAAGUCAUUUUGAAAGUGAAAGUUAACAUGCCUACAAAAAAAGUAUCUGUUUAUGCCACAUAUCAUUUUUUGCUAACGGACUAGUUAAGCCUCUUUCUGUCAUUUUUGUAAAUGUGCAUGUACCAAUACACAUGCCAAUAUGGAGUAGUCAUAAACACCCUAUUUUCUUGCUUUGCUUGCAACACUCACGCCAGCGGAUUAUUAGCAUCCAUUACAAUAUCAAUAAUAAACUAAGAAUUAGAAAAAAUGCUCUGGUUAUUUUGCUUUUGACAAUGACAAUGUCUUUCUGUGUGUGUAUUGUAAACUAAUACAAAGAAAAAUGUUUAUACGACUUGACCUUAUUGUUGUGUAAUACCAUUAUCCAACCUCACAAUAUAAAUGCACAUGUUUUGUUAGUGAUGAAAAAAGGUUUAGGAAUUUGACUUUAAUUGGACUUCAAAGCUGGGCAGAAUUCAGUGAAACAUGUUUUGACAGGAGCACCACCAGAGUGAAAAGCACUGUGGCAUAAAACAUUCAUCGGGGAUGUCUGCAGUCUCAGACCUUAGUAGCUAAAGUUACAUCCAUAUUCACACCUAGAUCCAAGUGAACAAAAUGUAAUAUUAUACAUGUACAGUAUACAGUGGUGUGAAAAAGUGUUUACCCACUUCCUGAUUUUUUUCCCCCAUGUUUUUCCACACUUAAAUGUUUCAGAGUUGUCCAGCUGUCCUUUGAUAUUUAUCAUUUAAAAAACAACGACAUAUACAUAUACAUAUAAAUGCCCAGGUAAAUACAUUAUACAUACAUAUACAUUUAAAGACACAUUUUAGUUUCUUUAUAAGUUAUUAGUAUCAACAGUUUAGCUUUUUCUAGUUGCAUCAUGCCUUUUUGCUCUAUUUUUGUACUUUUGAUGGGUUUUUGUUUAUUUUGUUUGUUUGUUUUUUUAUUUUGCCACGAUUGUGUCCAAGUUCUGCCUUCUCGGCUCUGUUGGUCAAGGACUGGGUUGCAUUGUGAAGGUUUUUUUUUUUUUUUUUAACUGCUUUCAGACGUGCAUUGCACUGUGUUACUGAGAUGGAGUUCACUCCCACAUGCCUGCUUGGCAGAUCCUUCACCUUUGUUGAUGGCUUGUAUUUAGUUACAGAAUAAAUGCACUUACAUGCGCACCCUUUUUCACACUUAAAUGUUUCAGAUCAUCAAACAAAUUUAAAUAUUAAUCAAUGACAACACAACUGAACACAAAAUGCAGUUUUUAAAUUAAACUUUGUAUUAUUUAGGGAGAAGAAAAUCCGAACCUACAUGGCCCUGUGUGAAAAAGUGAUUGCCCCCAAACCUAAUAACUGGUUGGGCCACCCUUAGCAGCAACAACUGCAAUCAAGCGUUUGCAAUAACUUGCAUUGAGUCUCUUACAGCGCUGUGGAGGAAUUUUGGCCCCCUCAUCUUUGCAGAUUGGAUGGUUUUCGAGCAUGAAGCGCCUUUUUAAGGUCAUACAUCUAAGUAGUAUUCAGGUCAGGACUUUGACUAGGCCACUCGAAAGUCUUUUUGUUUUCUUCAACCAUUCAGAGGUGGACUUCCUGGUGUGUUUUGGAUCAUUGUCCUGAUGCAGAACCCAAGUUUGUCAGCUUGAGGUCCCAACCAGAUGGCCGGACAUACUCCUUCAGGAUUUUUUGGUCGACAUCAGAGUUCAUGGUUACAUUUAUCAGGGCAAGUUUUCCAGGUCCUGAAGCAGCAAAACACCCCCAGACCAUCACACCACCGCCACCAUAUUGUACUGUUGGCAUAAUAUUCUUGCGGCUUUGGUUUUACACCAGAUGUAAUGGGACACACACCUUCCAAAAGGUUCAACUUUUGUCUCGUCAGACCACAGAGUAUUUUCCCAAAGGUCUUGGGGAUCAUCAAGAUGUUCUCUGGCAAAAUUGAGACGAGCUUUAAAGAUCUUUUUGUUCAGCAGCGUUUUUUGUCUUUGUGUUCAGUUGUGUUGUGUGUUGUUGACUAAUAUUUAAAUUUAUUUGAUGAUCUUAAACAUGCACAAAAAUAAAAAUGAGGAAGGGGGCAAACACUUUUUCACACCACUUUAUGAGAAUUUCUGUGUGAAAUGUAUAAACUGAGUUCCUUCAAAUCUGAUCAAAUUUGGAUCAGGAUUUUUUUAAAUUCAUAUUUAGAGAAUUUGUUAUGAUGUCAUCACUUUCCUCCUGACAGUGAACAGUGUUCAAAAAACACUUUUCUGCUAGAGGGUCAUAGGUGAGGUCAUGGACAGAAGCAGUGAUGUGAUGCUGAUGUCAUGGUAUUACUCUGCAUUUACAGUACGAAGAGUAAAAUUAAAUUACACUGAUGUCAUCAUCCUCAUACUACUCACAGCCCUCCAAGGGGAAUUUUGCAAAGUAUCUAUGGAUUGCCAAAAUAUUCUGUGAUGUGGUAACCUCUACUUAAUCACAUUCAAAUUUGAAAGGGAACUGUCAGUUUCUAGUUCUAAUGUAGACCCACAUCCCCAGUCAGGUAGUAUAGUGAUUUCACACACUUCAGAGCAGGGGUGUCCACGCUUUUUCCAUGUAUGGCUGCAUACAAAAAAUGGAAGAAUGUUGGCAGCCACUUUAAUAUUCCUCACCUUUAUAUGUAUUAGCCUUUUAAAAUUGCUGGAACCAAGUACAGGGGGCAGCGUGGUUGCAAUGGUAACUGCUGCGCGAUGUUUGUAUCGAUAAACACAUGCUAUAUACAUCCAUGUAAGCGGAAGAGCGUCAGUUAAAAGUGCAACCGAACCAAUUUUAGGAAAAAAAUAACAAUUCAAACCACUUAAAUGGGCAGAUGUCGAAAACAAGCAAGCAGUCUGACACCGACAUAUGUCAUGAAUCAUUUCACACGGCAAAACACUCAUUCAACAAACUUAGCGCCAUUUGAAAGCUAACACUUAGCAGUUCCGAUACUCAUUCAUACUCAUUCAUUCAUAUUUAUUUUAAUGUAAUUUAUUUUUGUCUUUGCCUCGCGAGCCUCCCAAGCACUAAUGUGUUUGUCAACUGGGAAUGUCUGAAGCCUCCCAAAAAUAAAAUUACUGAAUUCAGAAUAGAGUCCUGGAACUAAAUCUAUUGCAGUUGGAUCAUUUUAUUGUGAAAAUUAGUACAUUAGUGCCAGUUUUCUUUAACUUGAAGCGCAAGCACAGACUGCAUUCACUGUGACAUUACCUUGUGUAAGACAGCUGUAAAGUUUGCGUGCAAGUACGCACAUUCUCCAACCAAAUUGUUUUUUUGUAAUCAAUCAACACUGGCCUAAAAUGAUAUACGCUACUUUCAGACCCCUGUCUUGUGCAAACACAAUCUUGACGGGUGGGGCAGUUCUGGUUUUGUUGGUUUUGACUUUAGUGGCUUUCUGCAGUACAGCAAGUACAGAGUCUGUUAACACUGACAAAGGCUAAAUAAUACAAAAUAAUAUAUCAAAUAAUAUAAAGUAUAACUAAGGAUACAAUUGUAAUUUUAUUUUAGAAUAGCAUCCAGCCCUCCCAGUGUCUGCUCAGAAAAGUUGGACACAUAUAGUUGAUGAUUCCUAUUUUAAGAGGUUAAACAUACAAAAUUCAAUAAAAUCCAUUAAAAAGCCUACAAAUCUCACAUUAUAAAAGUUGCAUUUGUAUUAGUAUGGUAGCUUUUUGUAACCUUUUAUACUGUAUUUUUAUUUUUUGAUCUGAUGCAGGUCAUGUUUCAUUUAAUUUUUGAAUAUUCCGAUGGCCAGAAAAAAAACAGCAAGGGUUCCGUAAAUGGCCCCCGGGCCGCACUUUGGAUACCCCUGCUGUAGAAGCUGGGACAUUCCAAGGGGCCACACGCCCUGUAAUUGAUUUAUUUAGUUUGGGUGAUGUGUGAAGCAAGGCGACGCGGUGCCAUUCAUGAGGAUAGCCCUCUCCUUUGCCGAGCUGACUCUUGUGUCGUUACAUUGUAGCGGAAAGAAUGUCGGAAAGGGCCGAGGAUGACGUCAGGGGGGAGCAGCGCCGAGCGGCCAGGCAGCAGCUGAAGCAGCAGCAGCCGAUCCAGCGGGGAGAAGGCUCCACAGCAAUGGCGACUGUUGCGGAGCGGAGAUCCUUGCCGAGUCCUGAAAUAAUGCUGGGACAGCCUUGGACCAGCUGGGUCGACGCCGCCAAACUCCACGCCAAUGACGGUGCUGAAUUGGAGGAAAGUUUAAAAGACUCCGGGAAAAAUCGGGAAGCCAUGCGUUUGUGCAGAGAAGAUAUGUCCAUAUUUGGCCAGUAUCCCGCUCAAGACGACUUCUACCUGGUGAUGUGCAGCCACUGUAGUCAAGUAGUCAAGCCCCAAGCCUUCCAAGCACAUUAUGAGAGAAGACAUAAUUCGCCCAUCAAGUCGGCCUCCAACUCACCUUUCCCUUUGUCGGGAAGGAACAGGAGUAGUAACAGUGGUCUCGGGCCCGGACUGGGACCAGGGUCUGUUGCUGGACUAACAAGUGGUGGGAUCUUUGGUCGAACCUCUACUGCAGGAUCUACCUUAUCUUCCUCUGUAACAUCCUCAUCAUCCUCCUCCAAUCCCAAACUACUAAAACCAGCCAAAGAGAAACUGCCCGGCAUUUCCUUUCCUCCCUUCAGGAUGCUCCAGCCAGACAAGAUCCUCACACCGGCUGUCAAGGUGGAGAAGAUGCUUCUGAAUGUGGACUCGUCAGCUAAGCUGGUGCAGGCUCCCUCUGCCCCCCCAACCACUUCAUCCUCCUCAACAUCUUCCUCUAGCACCACUGUGAGCUCCAACACUACCACCACCACCAUCACCACCUCCUCAUCCUCAGCCCUUAAACCAGGCCUUAACUGUCCCUCCAUACCAAAGCCUCCCUUACCGACCCCAGGACAAAUCCCUAAUGGCAAAGGCCACCUGUCUAUAUCGGACAAAAAGCAGGAAAACAGCAGCAGCAGUGCUAGUAGCAGACGCCACCUUAACAAGAAAUUGACAGAACGUGAGUUCAAUCCAGACAUACACUGUGGCGUUAUGGAUGUGACAGCACGGAAACCCUGCACAAGAUCCCUAACAUGCAAGACACAUUCCUUGAGCCAGCGGAGGGCAGUGCCAGGGCGGAGGAAACGCUUUGACACAUUGCUGGCAGAGCACAAGAACAGAACAAAGGAGCGGGAGAGGGAGAGAGAGAGAGAACACCACCAAACCCAUUCCCAGCAAACCCCCCCUCUCAGGGACCCACACCCCUCCCUUCAUCUCCCCCCUUCUUAUGAUGUCCACCCGGUGGCUCAUGGCAACGGACCCACCCCAGAAGCCACCAAGAUUCAGCCAUCCAACAAACCAAAAUUUCAUAGCCCUGGUCUUCCACGACUAAACAACACACACGGGGCUGUUACCCCCUUAGACCCUGCAGUAGUCCACGAGUCCCCGCACCAAUCCCAAAGUGCUCCCGAUGGGUUUUCUCGAGCCUCCAGUGACGAGGGAGAGAAUGAUGAGCGUGAGGAGAGUGCUGACAAACUGCACUGUCAAUAUUCAGGUUAUCACCCUCGACCGGUAGCUUACUGUAAGUUUGGAAGUCGACUGUUUGGGAGAGGCUGUUACUCCUUCGACAGGCGAUGGGACAAAAUGCGAUUUGCCCUCUCCACAAUGUUGGACAAGCAUGUCAACUCUCAUAUGUGGAAGAAAAUCCCCUUGGCCUUGGAGAACAGCUCCUCUUUUGCACCUACCCAUAAGACAAGCACAAAUUCCCAUAGUAGCACCCCUUCUUCAGGCUUCCUGGGCCCACCCUCCACCUUGACCCAGACCCCCUAUAGCCAAUCGUACGAGGGCAAGCCUCUGCUCCCCUAUGGGACCACCUUAAAUGCCCGCAGCUCUCCGCAAGGAGGGUCUGAGCACCCGGCCUACGGCACCACGCAGGCCCGACAAGUGUCUUCGUCGCCGCAGAUGCCUUCAGCCCAUUUGUCCUCCUCCACUUCUCCUUUAGCUCCUUCUCUCGCCUCAGGCCGGGCGCUUAAGUCCCGUCCCUCUGGCAGCAGCACUACAAAGUCAUUGUCCUUCAGGCCCAAGGAGACCUCCACUGGCUCCUCCACACCUGUCAUCCCCACUCCAGUGGGUGGGGGUAGCAUUGGAGCAAACAGUCACAGUAGCAGCACCAGCUUCAGCUCGGGAAAGAAGAGGAAGAAUAGCUCUAUCCUCUCAUCGUCCCAUAGCUCCUCCGAACUCCCUAAUGCCAACUAUUUUCCCUCAUCGUCUUUCAAGAAGAACUGUGCAAAUGUCGGCAGCUCAGGGAGCACUUACCACCACAGCUCACUAGGUUCUUCAUCCUCAUCCUCAUCGUUAUCUUCCUCCCAUAGUGGAGUCCACAGUGUAGGCCUCAACUGUGGCCCCAGCGUGCGCACAAACUCCCUCAACCUCAAGGCUGAGCUUUCCAGAGGAUCGGCGGGCAGCUCCUCGGGCCCGCCAGCGCGAGGUCCUCCUUCAGGCAGUUCUGCAGAGUCCAUCAAGCGCAUGAGUGUGGUGAUGAACAGCAGCGACUCCACCCUCUCUCUGGGGCCUUUCGUCCACCACCAGUCCUCAGCGGAGCACCACACCAGCUUCAGCCACCACUCCUCGGAUGGGCGCCUGGAGAGCAAAAAACGCAAAAGCUCUCCUGCCGCCAGCGGUGUUAAUAGCGGCGGUGGAGGAGGGGGAAUCGGUGAAGGUGGGGGUCCUGGACCGGGUAGACACAAGGUGACCAAGUCACCUGCCAUUAACAACAUUCAUGGGAAACAUGGGCGGAGCGUUCCAGGGACGCCGGGGAUGCCCAACAACUCCCAUUUACAUCAGCCAAAGGCUCGUCCCUGACAGCGGUGUCCGCCUGCAGAGUGUUUGGAGGCGGCACGAGGACGGGGAAUAGUCUGGAGCACUCCCCUCUGGACCGUAUGAGGCCUUCUUUGAUGAAAAUCCACAUUACUCUCAGUUUCCCACAAUCCUCAGGGUGGAGAUGAUCUGGACCGCCAGUGAAGUCAAAUGUCCGUACUAUUUCUCCCAAAGCCAUGUCUGUUGGAGGGGUGGGGCGCAGCGGUGCUCAAAAGGGAUACGUCACAUGUGGAGCUCUGGCUCUGUGGUGGGGGGGGGGGGUCAUAUAUGAGCCAGGCACAAACUUCUACUCAUCCCAGUAUUCCGUGAGGUCUUCCAGAUGAGCCCAGCGCAAGAGGAAGGAGAGCGACAGCCAUGGGUCUCCGGGGGCACAGUUUGUUUCCAGGGAGGGGCGGGUGUGUGCUCUGUGGCCACAGGCUGUCAGGAUGCUGAGCAAGUGGGGAGACAACAAGCCGAUCUCUUCCGUGUGUGUGUGUGCGUGUGACAGUGAGAGAGAGAGAGAGAAAGUGAGUCUGUGCUGAGUAUUUUUCUCAUGUCAGAAUCUGCUGGACUACUGGAAUUUCCGACUUAAUUUCACCCCCCGCCUGAUCUCAGAAGCCUUGAAAGGAGAGCAGGAGGAGCAGCAAACGUGGUGCACCACCUUAAAAGACACGGAAUCGCUUUUUUUCACGCUUCAUCAGUCGGACUCUCUGCUCACUCCUUUUGGGGGGGCUACAUGCGGUAGCUAGAGAAGGGCCGCUAGGGACAACCCUGUACGUGGUUUUUUUUUUUUUUGAUUCCCCUGAAGCAUUAUGCAAGUGUUACCUUUUUAUGAUUUUUCUUACAAGCUUUUACACUGAACUACAAAGAGUCUUUGUAGAUGUGGUUGAGGAUGGUUGCGCUUUCAAAUGCGAAAGGGUCACCUGACCUGACCCUCUUGUUUGAGUCUUUUGUCAGAUGAGACAGCUAGAAUUUCAGAAUCUUUUCAGUGUGCAGAAUGAUAGCCACAGUAAGACCUGCUCCCCAACUGUGAACAGCACUAAAUAACUUCUCUCCACAGGUAAUGCUUGUGUGCUCACUAAGCGAGCCGUAAGCUGCUUUGCCAACUACUUGGUGUGUUUUCCCAACUUUUAAGUGGAGGUUGGGCUGGUGAAGUGGUUGAAGGUGCAUUGCCUGUGGUGGAUAUCCAGAAUCUGUGCAAAUCGUGUUAUUGCCACAAUCUUUUCUCUGUUAAAUAUCACAAUUACUGUGGGAGAUCCACAGCUGUCUGUGGACCUAUGUGAAUUGUAAUGUUUUUUUUUCCUCCCCCUGCUUAGGGAAUCAGGUAUGGUACGUCUUAACUGGAGCAAACUUUAUGCACGUCAGCUGUCUUCAGUGGGUGUUUUGUCCCUGUUGUGUGUUUAGCGGGACCCGAAACCCCUGGACUUUGAUUUGCUCGGCUUGGGUCGAUAGAAGGCCAGCAUUGUACUUUGAAUUCCUUGAGUCAAAAUGGAGUCUUAAGUCGGGCAAUACGCUGCACUCGGUAGAUCAGCUUCAAGUUGGCUUGGUGGUGCGAGAUUCAUGCAGAUGGCUUCAAAGGACAUAUUCCAAUAUUUGGCCACACCUCCACUGAUGUCAGUUAAGAGUGGAAACACACAACUUUAGCUUUUUUUCCCCUUGUAGCUUAUCUAUUUAAAGUUAUGAACUUACCCCUAUUUGAGAAGACGUAUUUUGUUAACGAAUUGUACAUAAAUCAAAUGUGUAUUUUUGCACAGGCAUUUUUUGUACAUGCAUACAUUUUUGGGUACCGUUUUAAAAAGAGUCCUUAUUUAUUUAAAAAGCCAGAAUUUGAUGAAGUGUUUCACUGCCAAGUCUAUAUAAUGCAAUACAUGGAGAUAUAUAUGUAUAGAAGCAGAAGCCUCUCGUGAAUCAUGGACUUAAGGGACAGCGGUGAAGUGUUUUUCCACUGUAGCAUGUUUCUGUUGACAGCGAAUACCUUUAUCACUUUUCAAGGUCUCAAAUCACCUGUGCUUUUACGACACAUAUUAUGUUGCCUAUGAAUCAACACAGCUAAUGUACCUGUGUGACCCAAUCGGCCCGUGAUGGUCUACUGUCCCACAGGCUUUGUCUCAAUGGACCCGCAAGUCAUACACUUUACCUUAAGACACGUUUCAUGCUUGUUUUUGAAGGCUGAUGGGACUAAAGCAGUCAUCUGCAUUGUCAUUGCCAAACAAGUCAUUUGAGCCCACAGCUUUUUAAAAGAAAUAUCAAAUUAAGAAAGUGCCUGAAUUCGUUUCACCCUGACUGUUUGAGGACAGUGUUUUUUUUUUUUUUUUUUACCUUACUUGAAUGUUCAAAGUGUUGCAUUCGAAUCUGCCUAUGAACCCUAAAUGUGGUAAAAACAUGAGCUUGUCAGCUGCCCAGUAUCAGAACAUGUAGUAUUGUGUGUGUUUUUACGAGACGGACAAGACGCUAACAUUUCCUGUCAUCAGUGUGUGUGUGUGCGUGUGGCUGAAGCCUCCUCUGGUUUACUGGGAGUUGUACAUCACAACAUUCAAUCUUAUCCUUUGUUUACCUUGGAACUCCACUGACAGACAUCUCAACUGAAGGUGAAUUAUUGUGAGGAUGUUUUUCUCAAUAGAACCAUAGACUUGGAAUGUGAACGUAAAAGAAUACAGCUAAUGUCUGGGAGGAGAACUCAAACCUUCAUAUGACAAAAAAAAAGCCUGUAAUUGUUUUUUUUCCUUGAACAUCAAAUCAUUUUCAGCUAGACUUUUAUGUAUUGGCUGCUAUGUAAUUCAUGAACAAAAACAUAAGUUAGAAGUAAUAUUUAAAGAAAAAAAGAUUGUAUAGUAUAUUUGUUUUGUAACAAGUUUGUGUAAAUAAAAUAAUUUAUACUAUUUAUAUGAAGAAAGUGUCUCUGCCUCCUUCCUCAUAUUUCAAAAACAACAGCGUCAACAGUCAAACAUUUUAUUAUGUACACAAUUGAAUUUGUCAAACUACUGGGUGUAAGAAAACCAUGGAAGAAUCCACCUUGCUGACAUAAUCCCAUGUUUACAUGUUGAUAACUCUUGACAACUUCUGGACUCUGUUGAGCAGCAAGUCCCCCU